AGUUUCUCGGAUCAUCGCAAAAAGCGCAUCGCUUGACGCAGCCGCUGUGGUAUUGCACCGCCAUCUCGUUUGUUUGUUUGGUUGUUUGAGGUCACCGCGCUGCGCUGUACAGUCGCGCCGACAUCAAAGGACAACGGCGUUGGUGGAGGUCGGCGGUCAAGAAAGAAUCAGCCGGCAGAGCUCGAGAAAGGCGGGAGAUGCGACGCAUUGGUUGUCGUGGGCGGUCGUCCGAAUCGUGCGCGACGCCGUGCUGGACCGCGCUACGCUGCGUCACCACCGGCGAUCAGCACAGCUACAAGCCCGGCCGUUUCGCCAAGGCGCUGCGCUCGCUCUUCGUGGCUCUCACGCCGACCUCUCUGAAGAAGCGGAUUGCAAUCCGCAUGCAGAGCGGGAUGGAGCGCGCGGAGGAACUGGAAAAGGAGCAGCAGUGGCUGAAGAAGCACGGCUCCCCGCUGCGGGUGAUGGGACUGCCGGACCACGCCGAGUUGACUGAGAUACGCGCACGCUACCGCACGCUGGUGCUGGAGACGCACCCCGACACCGCCACGACCGCCGCAGGUGAAAGCGAGUACGCGAUCCUGCAGACGGCCUACGGGAUGUCAACGAAUCCAGUUAGCUUGUGGCACCAGAACGGGUCAUCGCCGGUGCUCUAUAGACAGCUUUUGGCAGCGUCGAGGCAGAAGGUGCGCCGCCUUGACCGGGUGCGCCUCUUUGCAAUCUUCUCCUAUGCGGUGAUGCUCCUCCUCGUGCUUUUCUUUUCGGUUGUGGUGGUCACGAACGCCCUAGAGGCGGCGCUGCAGUUCUUUGAUCCUGAAUUCUAUCGCUUCAUGAUUCAACAGGAGAAGGAGGAAGAGCGGAAACGCAUGGCGGGCGAGUACGUCGACACCGACCCGAAGCGGCUGGCCCCCACCGCCGUGCGUCGGCUUCUCUUUCCCGGUCAGUUCAUCCACGACGGUGCAGAGAGGAAGUCUGGGGGCGAUUAA